UAGGAUCUCUGCCACGUCAUACAUGCCAGGCGGAAACAGAAGCCGAAAAAAACCUUUAACUGUCUAUGGAAAAGAAACACCCACGCUGUUCUGCUGAAUGAUGUAGCCCAACCACCUACAUAAGUAGUACAACUGCCCAGUUGUCACUGUAGUUACGUUACCUCAGUCUAGGAACUCAACUGGACCAUCUCUUCUGGUGAUUUACUGAUAUUUUGGGUAAUGCUGCUGGACGAGACGCCACUCUUUGAGCCCUCUCUGCUGCAGGAGCUAGACUGGAGUAGCAACAGUGUCUCCUUCUCCCCCCCCAUUUCCCCAUCCAGCCCAGGGGAAGGCCUGGUGCUCAGGCCGCUCUGUACGGCAGAUUUCAACAAGGGAUUCUUCAAGGUUUUAUCUCAACUCACUCAGACGGGCGAUGUCACACCAGACCAGUUUACGAAAAAGUUUGAGCAUAUGAAGAAUACGGGAGACUACUACGUUGUUGUGGUGGAGGACACACAUCUGGGACAGAUUGUUGCCACGGCCACGUUGAUUACAGAACACAAAUUCAUCCACUCCUGUGCUAAGAGGGGCCGGGUGGAGGAGGUAGUAGUCAGUGACGUGUGCAGAGGGAAGCAGCUGGGCAAACUGUUAGUUUCAGCUCUUACUCUUCUCAGCAAAAAACUGAAUUGCUAUAAAAUCACACUGGAAUGUGCACCCAACAAUGUGGCUUUCUACCAAAAGUUUGGAUACAGCGCCUCACACGAGACUUACAUGCAGUGCCGAUUUUCCAACUGAGGACAACAGCAGCUAUAAACAUGGACCACACCUUCAUACGUGUAUGUUGAAGAAAUCCGCUCAGUCUAAAAUCACCCUCCCCUCUAUGGUAACCAUGGCUACCUCACCAAGGGGGUGCUCUGUCAUCAUCUUUCCCCAUCAUGCGAAGAAAGGCUUGUCAAUUACUGCAAAUGUAAUGUCUUACAUUAUUAAUAAGUAAUGCGCUGUGUACUGACAGAGAUAAUUUAAAUAAUAUCUACGGAAGAGGAUUAUGGGAACCGGUGACAAUUUGAGUUCUGACUUUAAUCUCAGAAUUCUGACUUUAAACUCAGACUACCAUGCAAUAGUCAAUAAAUAUAAUUUCUUGAGAAAGAAAGAUACCAAAUGAAGUUAUUUCCUAAGCAACUAAAGAAUCAUUAAAACGUUUACUACGGUUCAAUACAAAACCAAGCAUAUUGGAUGGAAUUACUUUAGCUCAUUAUUCAAGCUUAGUCUCACAGAUUUGUUUCAUUAAUCAUCAAGGCAAUUCACCAAAGAAAAGCAGUUUUGUUUCUUGUAAUGUGAAUAGUUAUUAAUACUUUGGGUUUUACUGGGGUUUUGAUUUUUCUGACACGUCCUCUUUGGUACAAAGUGCUCUUUAUCUUGGCGGGUUUUUCUUUGACAGUAGUGUUGCUGUUGACUAUAAUGAAGGUUCGAAUACUGCAAGACAUGAUCAUUACUGUCAAGUCAAGACUGUUAAAAUGCAUUUCUAGUCAACACAAGUUUAUAUUUCGUGAGGCAGUGGUGAGUGAUUAACUAAGGUUCUGUAAGUUUUGUAUUUGGUCGAUAAUUGAUUACAGCUGUAGGAUUACAACAAUGUAUGAUGGGAAAUGGAUAAAGAUUUUUGUAAAUGAAGUCUUAUUUAAGUUACGGGAACACAUUUAAUGUAAUUUAUUUCCAAAUAUGUAAUAGUAACAUAAAAUAUUCUAUGACCUA